AUGUUGGAGUGUGACAAACGCUGCAAAACCAACUUCCCUGUGAGGACAAGUGGCGGAGUCACUCUCUUCAUUGCUCUGUAUGACUAUGACGCUCGCACCGAAGAUGACCUCACUUUCCAGAAAGGAGAGAAAUUUCAGAUCAUCAACAAUACUGAGGGCGACUGGUGGGAGGCUCGAUCUUUGGACACUGGCAACUCUGGUUACAUCCCCUCCAACUACGUGGCUCCUGUUGACUCUAUACAGGCGGAGGAAUGGUAUUUUGGGAAGAUGGGGAGGAAGGAUGCAGAGAGACAACUUCUGGGCCAUGGCAACCAGAGGGGAACUUUCCUCAUACGAGAGAGCGAGACCACCAAGGGCGCUUACUCUCUGUCCAUCCGUGACUGGGACGACAAUAAAGGAGACCACGUUAAGCAUUACAAGAUCCGCAAAUUAGACAAUGGAGGCUACUACAUCACCACAAGAUCUCAGUUUGACACUGUUCAGCAGCUGGUUGAACACUACACAGGCAGUAAUGACGGGCUGUGUUAUUACCUGACCCAUGUCUGUGUCAACUCCACGCCGCUCACCAUGGGCCUCGGGCGGGAUGCCUGGGAGGUGCCCAGGGAGACACUGAAACUGCAGACAAAGCUGGGACAGGGCUUCUUCGGGGAAGUGUGGAUGGGCAUGUGGAACGGCACCACCAAGGUAGCAGUGAAGACUCUGAAGCCAGGAACCAUGUCCCCUGAGGCCUUCCUGGAGGAGGCCCAAAUCAUGAAGAGACUUCGCCACGACAAACUGGUGCAGCUCUAUGCCGUCGUGUCCGAGGAGCCCAUCUAUAUCAUCACUGAGUUCAUGAGCCAAGGAAGUUUACUGGACUUCCUAAAAGAUGGAGAGGGACAGAACCUGAAGCUGCCUCAGCUGGUGGACAUGGCUGCACAGAUUGCAGCUGGAAUGGCGUACAUCGAGAGGAUGAACUACAUCCAUCGUGACCUGCGAGCAGCAAACAUCCUGGUCGGAGACAAUCUGGUGUGCAAAAUCGCGGACUUUGGGCUGGCGAGGCUCAUCGAGGACAAUGAGUACACAGCAAGACAAGGGGCCAAGUUCCCCAUCAAGUGGACGGCUCCGGAAGCUGCACUGUAUGGACGUUUUACCAUCAAGUCAGAUGUCUGGAGCUUUGGCAUCUUACUGACUGAGCUCAUCACUAAAGGACGUGUGCCGUACCCAGGUACUGGAUGAUACCUGUUGAGCAUU